GUCCUACCCAGUUCAUAAGACAAUAAAGUUUUACAAAAAUGGCUUUGACACCAGCAGAACGUAUGAAGAGGUAUCGAGAACGACUAAAACUAAAUCCAGAAAAAUUGGAAAGUAUUAAAAAGAAACACGCUGAAUAUGUAAAAUCUAAAAGCAAAACAGUUAAAGAUCUGACGGAGAAGGAAAAGGAAAAACAACGAAAAAUUUGGAGAAAUCAGAAACGUAAGCAAAAACAAAAGAAAAAACAGCUUUUAGUUCAGGAAGAAAAAGGUACUAAGAAACAAAAAAUAGCAAACCAAAGUAAAUUGAUUAAGAAUUAUAAGACUGCUUUAAAAAGAAACCAAAAAUUGACAAAACUAGUAAAUACCUAUAAAAAAAGACUUUACCGUUUAAAAAUUUCAACAGAAAAAAAAAUUCAGACGCUUGAAAAAGACAACUUAAAAUUGAAAGCAAGAACAGAACUUUUAGAAUUAACUUUAAAAACUUCUUAUAAACAAUGUCAAACCGUAAAAGAAAAACAAACAUUAAAAAAUGUUGUUCUAAAGGAGAAUAUCCAGAGCAUAAUUAAAAAGACUUUCGUGUCGAAGCUGCUAGGAUUAAAAGGAAUGGUAAGAAUAACAAAUAAAAAUAAAACCGAAAACAAGAUACGUAAAGAAAUUGAAAAUUUUUAUGUCAGAGAUGACGUAAGCAGAAUGACUGCCGGAAAAAAGCAAUGUCGUACAUUUAGAAAAAAAAAGGAGCAAAUUCGAUAUCUCACCGACACAGUUCGUAAUUUAUAUACAAUGUAUCGUAAAGAGGGAGGAAAAUACGCCUUUCAACUUUUAACAAAUAUAAACCUUUUUAUGUACUAUCCCCUGCCGUGCAAAACAGAGAAACGUGCUUGUGCAUCAAGCACAACAAUAUGCAGUUGA